GCUUUUCGCCUUACAAACUUGGAGACAAGCACCAUGGGCACCUACGUCGAGGACUAUCUCGAGAGCAUGUACCUGCUUCCGUCGGAGAUCAAGCGCAACUUCGACCUCAUGCGGGAGCUGGAUAAGACGUCCUACCCACUGCUCGAGGAACUCAAGACGUCGCAGAAAGCGUACUUAACGAGUGCGCGACAAAAAGUGCUCGCUCGGUGCUCCGAUGCGACACAAGGUGAAGCUACCGAGCAAGAGCUGCGUGAGCUCAUUGAAGCCGACGAGAUGGUCCAGAAGCUGCAAGAGAAACAUGCUCUGGUCGUCCAGAAGCUGGACGAGAAGAUCGCCAUUGCCGCUCAAAGCUACGACAUCGUAGACCACCAUAUUCGUCGCUUGGACCGAGAUCUCGAGAGCUAUUCGGCUCUAUUAAAGGCGAAUGGAGAGUAUCAGGAGGACAGUAGACCUCACCGCAAGAAACAGAAGGUGGCAGCAGCCACCAGCGUGCACCAAGUCAGUCAUACAGUGCCCAAUGUCAAUGUGCGCAGUAAGAGCAGCACAAGUGCAGGCAGUAUGAAGGAUAAGACGGCCACACCGGUUGGUAAGGCGUCGAGUGGUGGUAGCUCGUCGAGGAAGAGAUCUAUUGCAGAGACGGCGGUGGCUGUGCCCGUUGCAGCUGCUGAGCCGGUGAUCUUGGCCUCGGAAGACCUGCCUAUUGACCCGAACGAGCCUAUUUAUUGCAGUUGUCGACGAGUAUCGUUCGGUCAGAUGGUUGGUUGUGACAACGACGACUGCAAGUACGAGUGGUUCCACUUUGGCUGUGUGGGGCUUGCGGAUCAACCUGCAGGCAAAUGGUACUGCCAAGACUGCAAGGUGCAGCUUGGUCUCAAGUAA